UUUCCUCAACCCGCAUCAUUGAGAGAAUACCGGGACAUUUGAUUGUUAGGCCUUUACAUGGCUAUUCAACCCUUGCAUAUCCCAGAUAAUUUCUAGCAACACGAUCGAUUGCCAUGGAUAGCCCCCUCCUCUCCCCCGCAAAAGCGCGCCAAGCGGCCAUUCAGGCCAAAGAUUGGGCUUAUGUCAAUGCAUGGCUCAGUCGUCAGUACGCACCGAAUCCGGUUCCCAGCUUCGAGCGAAAUGAAGAUACACUGCGCACCCUCCUAGCACUGGCCGCUGCCAAUGAUACUGCGGAUGAGGAAGCCACCGUUCUCCACCAGGCUCGCGAGCAGGCGGUUGAAAGCUUCAAAGCCCGAGAGGAGAAUGAGGAAAAGCAGAAGGUAGAAAUACUGGAUGAGGUGGAACAUAAUCUUGACGACAAUGGCAGACGAAACCUGGACGACCUGGCAGAGACAACGGCAGUACUUGGGGCUUUGGGCACAAGUACGAGAGACCUGGGCCAAUCGAUCAUUGAACUUACGAUGGAGGAAUUCGAUGCGCAGCAGCAGAUGAGUAGAGUACAGGCACUACACGAAUACUUGGGCAGAGAGCUGGCUACGCUGCGAGAACAACUUUUAGACCUCAAGACCAGCGAGGUGUAUGAAACACCAGCCAACCUCCCAGCGCUAACGGCGGAAUGGACACGAGAAACCAAAUUGCUCAGCGCCAAAGCUGGCGAAUACCGCGAUCGAUUUGCCUCGCUACAGAGAAAUAAGAGCAAGGGACCCACGCUUGAAGAAGUAAUUGCGGAAGAGCAGAGCGUGAUCAGGAUGCUGGAGAGCACUGAAACACUAGUGGAGAGGGUAAAGAAGCUCCAUGAUCUGCCAAGCGACAUCCCUGGUGCUCGGGCGCAAUAUAAGGAGCUAGAACAGGAGCUUGACCGACUCACCCAGCAACAGAACACUAUGUCUGAGAAGCUUGCCGAAAAGUAGAUUCUACACUACAAAUGAUGUAGGACUUUGUUUAUCAAAUGUGCAACUAGUAUUGAGCUAGGGAGGUGAGCUAGGGAGGUGAUACUAUCAAGGUGUGGUAUCGUCAACUCAUAAAAUCAUGAAAAGGACAAUCUGCCGUGAGCCGCCAACCCAUCGUUCUCCGAUUCCAUGCAUCACAGAACAGUGAAAGCGCUAUUGGUCAUGACUCGUCGAUCGAUUGUAUUCGGAAGUGUUGUGCACUUAGUUGUUACCCAGACCAAGGGUG